AAGAUCUGUCAACAAAGUUUGAUGGUUCUUCGUCUGUCACAAAAAAAAGCGAUAGCUUAUUUUUCUGCGUUGGGUGUCGAUAGGCCGCUGUGUAUUUUCGGAAGAAUUUGCUGACUAAAUAACUGCAUUUGUAACCACAGUCCUCCUCGGAGAGAACCACGGAAAAAUCGGAUUCUUCGGUCAUCCUUGUGAGGCAUUGGCGCUUGAAACGGGCGUAGGAUGCUCGAACUACUACAGGAUCAGGGCUGGUACCUACUGCCGGCCGGACUGGAGCGAUUGUUGGAAGGUGGAACCGGGGCGAAUGUUGAUCUUAAGCAAGCUACCAAGCUGGCACUUGAUAGCGACUUGAGAGAAAUAGGAGGAGGAGCUUUUGCAUCCCUGUCCAUCCGUGGUACCAAAACGGAUACAAUCGAUGGCAACAUUGUGGUGCAGAUUUUGAAGAUUCGUAACAUCUCGGCACCGAAAGCUAACGAAGAGUCCAAGGUUGCACCGCGCUUACUAAAGCUAACCCUUACGGAUGGCCAAACACAGUACUCGGCAAUUGAGGGCGAACCCAUUUCUUCCAUCAGCCUGGAUACACCACCAGGAACCAAAAUUUACCUGAAGAAUGGACCGAUCCGAAUAUCUCAGGGUUUGCUAAUUUUGACCGCCAAUUGUGUUUCGGUAUUGGGAGGAAAAGUGCCGGCUUUGAUUGAAAAAUGGGAACUUGGACGCACCAUGGCGAAAUAUGCCAAAGGUGGGCGGCUGCAGUUCAGUGCAUCUGGGCCACCUCCAUGGAUCGCGUUUGGUCAGAAAAUUCAGCAAAAUUUGCCAAACGAUAAAAAUUUCAAGAGUUUGCAAACGAAGGAGAAAGACGAAUCUAAAGAGAAUGCUGAAUUCAACGCUUUGAGGAAUGACGCCAUUGCGGAGGCCACCAAAUUAGGCACCAGGAAAACUUUUGGUGGAGGAGCCAAGCAAAUGGUUGAUGCAAAUGUUCAAAAAAUCAUUGACAAAGGCUUCACAGAAGAUCAAGCUGUUCAUGCUCUGAAAUUGACUCGAAACAACGUGCAUCGGGCUUUGAGCAAUCUGCAGAGAAUCGAAGAGAGAAAGCAAGUUCAAAGUGAAAACAAAACCGGCAAAUUUGAACCAGCACCAAAACUUGGCAAACGUGGCCCAGGUGGAAAGCGCGAGUCUGAGCUAGAGCUUUCUUCAAAACCAUCGGCUAAAGUGUCUCUGUUUGAUUUUUUGGAAGAUAUUCUUCCAGAAAGUGAAAGUGCUAACAAGAAAUCUGCAAGCAAAGAGCCGACGCCGACCAUUGGAAGGGAAAGCAGUGCUGUGACGGAUGAUUAUUCGAAUAAACAUUCAUCAUAUAAUUCUUAUUCUAACACUCGGAAUCAGAACUCUACCUCUGCGGGUAGCAACCAUUCGAGCCAAAAUCAGUCAAAUUCACAAUACAGUUCGAAUAAAAAUUAUAAUCAGCGAUUCGAAAACAAUAUCUCCAGCAGCUUUGCGAAUCGAAAUUCUUCAACCACCUCCAGCAGCCGAAACUACAAUCAACAACAGCAGCAAUCAUAUCAGCAGAACUCUGCUGGUUACAAGUCGCAAGAUUACAACAGCAGUCGAUAUAGGGGGCCUCCCAAUACUUCAAACGGUAGUCAUACAAACGAAGCACCUCCUCGAGGUCGACAAGACUCAAAAUUCAGUCAAAACCAGUCGCAUUCUUCAUAUAACCAUCACUCACAACAGUCACAGUAUAGAAGUGAUAACUACAACAAUAAUAAUCUCAAUUCUGGACCACGAGGAAGUAAGUACGAGUCCAAUGCAAGUAGCGGCAGCGGGAGAGGUCAACAAGCUGGUGGCAACUACAGCAGCUACAGCCAUACUGAGUCCCGAGUAUCACAAGGAUACAUGGGACAGGGAGAGCCCAGAAAAUAUCCGAAUGGGCCCAACCAUUAUCAACAGCAGCAGCAACAUCAAGCACCCUACAACACAGGCAGCAAACCAGUGCAGGGUUAUAAUGCUAGCAGUGCUGGAUCCAACGUCAACUCUCAACCGAAUAAUCAGUAUGGACAUUCGAGUUCCGCUGUGCAAGCAGCUGGCAGUAAUAGGCAGCAGCAUGAUAGUUCGAGCAAUGCAGGGAAUGUAAAGAAUCAGAAAGGAUCUCGAUACGGGAAGGAGGAAAGCCAGAAAUAUACUGGUUUGCAGAUAAAUUCUAACUCGACUCAAGGAAAGAAACCACCGCCACAGCAAGCAAAAGGUCAACCAGCACUGGUAACCGGUGCUGCUGAAUCCACCGUGCCGCCAUUCGCCUCUGGUAAUAAACAGCUGGCUACCACACCAACCGGGAAAACUAAUGCUAUAGCUCAAUUAACAGAGGCAACGGCGAAUAUGCACAUUAGCAGCAAACCUUUUGCCAACAACAAUCACCAAACAAUUAGUCACACUCCAAAGUCACAGCAGGGUCCCAUGGGAAGUUUACCAGCUUCAGCUGCUCCACCGCCAGCUUCAUCUGCUUCAACGACUCCAGUGGUACCAAAGAACUUUAUCCAACUGCCGAAUGGAUUCAACUAUAAUCCGUACCAGAUUAUGGGAUUCCAGAACAAACAGACUAACGAAUUUGCGUUGAAUGUGCUCAAGAGUCAACAAUUCGAUCCAGCACACAUGGCAAAUCAACAAUCGACAGGUGCACCGGGUCCUGGAGUGUCCGGUCCCAUACCUGGUGUUGCAAUUGGACCAGCGACAGCUGUAGUGCCGCAAGUAUUAGCUGCCACGCCUACCGGAUCAAUUCCUUCAGUUCAUCCCAAUCUGCAAUCAACUGCGACUUCGGGUCUGCCUAACUGGAAAAUUGGGGAUCGCUGCCUCGCAAAGUAUUGGGAAGAUGGCAAUUUCUACAAUGCCGAAAUCACUGCAAUCUCCGAGAAUACAUUUGUGGUAUGUUUCCUCGAAUACGGCAACUACGAAGAGGUUCUCAAAACGGACUGCAUCCCUUUGGUCCAGACCACGACGACAACGCCUACACAUGUUCCGCCACAUGGUCAUCCACCCCCGGCGACCAUGGGUUUCCAUCCGACGGCUGGCCAUCAUCUACCUGGUGCUCCAUUAUUGCCUCAUCCGCAUCCACCUUCCGGGGCCUAUCCUGGUCAAGGAAUCGAUAGCCAUUCUGGACAACAUUAUACGCAUGGUUAUAAGCCCAGUCAAUACCACCAUCACGCUCUGACGCACCAACAGCAGCAAAGGCCUUCAAAAUUUCGAGAGCAACGGCCAAUGUAUGUUCCGCCAGCGCAGCGGAAGUAGUUUUGCUGGAUGAAAAUAAGGCAUCGGACACGGUAUCACUUAGGCAUGCAAAGAGUCACCGAUCACGGUUUUAAACUUUAUUGAUUUUUUUAAAAUGAUUCUUGAUAAUUCGCUUUCCAUGUAAUUGUUUCUGUCAACAAGAAUAGUUGUGGUGCCUGAUAUGAAAAAGUAGCGACUUCGAAAAGAGAAAAAAGAAGAAAGAAUGCAAAUUCAUAUAUUACAAUAUUUUCGUACUGAUUUUUCUGUUUUUUUGUAAAAGAUUGUUAAAUUUUUGAAAGUUAUUAAGCAAAAGCAUAAUUUAUAUCAAUAAUUGGAGAAACGUGUACGUGAUUUUGGCAUGAUAAAUUGUUUGUACCAGUUCCCUUUCGCGUAAAAAACGGCUUGGCUGUUGUUACUAAGGAGGAAACUUGUUGUGGAUUUGCUUCAAUCGCAGUCCGUUAAAUGAUAAUACAUAUAUGGAUAAUAUAGUGAACGUAAAACCAUUUACCAAUUACGUUGUAUUUAAUAUAUAUGAAAAUAAAUCUUUUGAUUCAA